UGCGGCUCGGCUCGCCGCUGCGCUCACUGCUUCGCGCGGCCGCCCGGAGAAGGCGCUCCCCUUGCGCGGCUGCGGCUUGGCCAUGGCUCGGUGCCUCCGCCCUGCGAGCUAGUGCCGCGGAGCCCCUGAGCUGCCGCGCUUCUCCGAUGAACUGAGCUAGCCUUUGCUCUGCCGCUUUAUACCUGCACGCCCUGCUCGCCCUCUGCCGCUCAGCGCGGAGGAGCCCUGCCCGGGGAGGGAGGAGGGGGCCGGCACCUGUGCCUGCCCGCGGCCCGACUGCCCGCUCCCGCGCUGCCCCGGCCCCGCCGCCCGCCGCCAUGCGGGUGUCGCUGUUGAGCCCGUUGCUGCUGCUCUGCCUGAGCCGCGGCCGCGGCGCCGCCGAGCUGCCGCCGGCCCGCGCCAAGUGCCCGGCCCGCUGCGAUGUCUCCAAGUGCCCCAGCCCCAGCUGCCCCAGCGGCUACGUCCCCGACCGCUGCAACUGCUGCCUCAUCUGCGCCGCCGGCGAGGGCGACUCCUGCGGCCGCAAGGAGGACCCGCCCUGCGGCGACAGCCUCGACUGCCGCUACCCCAUGGGCAAGCGCUUCGCCAAGGGCGUCUGCCAGUGCAAGCUCAGCGCCCAGGUGUGCGGCAGCGACGGCCGCACCUACGACAACGUGUGCCAGCUGAAGGCCGUGAGCCGCAAGGCGCUGCAGCACGGCCUGCCCGCCGUCGCCCAGGUCCAGAAAGGCGCCUGCGAAUCGGGUCACCUACAGUCCAGCAGCCCAAGAUACAAAUUUAACUUCAUAGCAGAUGUGGUGGAAAAGAUUGCACCUGCAGUUGUGCACAUUGAGCUUUUUCUCAGGCACCCUCUCUUUGGUCGAAAUGUCCCCCUUUCCAGUGGAUCUGGGUUUAUAAUGUCUGAUUCUGGUUUAAUUGUGACCAAUGCCCAUGUGGUGUCAAGCACCAAUGCAAUAUCAGGGAGACAGCAAUUGAAAGUACAACUGCAAAAUGGAGAUACCUAUGAAGCAACCAUCAAAGACAUUGACAAGAAAUCUGAUAUUGCAACAAUAAAGAUUCACCCUAAGAAAAAACUGCCUGUAUUAUUACUGGGACACUCUGCUGAUCUGAGGCCAGGGGAAUUUGUAGUGGCAAUUGGAAGCCCAUUUGCCUUACAGAACACUGUGACAACAGGUAUUGUCAGCACUGCUCAGCGAGAUGGCAAAGAACUUGGCCUGAGGGACUCUGAUAUGGAUUACAUUCAGACAGAUGCUAUUAUCAAUUAUGGCAACUCUGGAGGACCUCUAGUUAAUCUGGAUGGUGAAGUGAUUGGAAUUAACACCUUGAAGGUUACGGCUGGAAUUUCCUUUGCUAUUCCUUCAGACCGCAUCACUCAGUUCCUCACGGAGUCUCAUGACAAACAAAGUAAAGAUGGGAAGAAGCGUUUCAUUGGCAUCAGAAUGCUAACAAUAACACCUGCCUUGGUAGAAGAAUUGAAACACAGUAAUCCUGACUUCCCUGAUGUCAGAAGUGGAAUUUAUGUACAUGAAGUUGUUCCAAAUUCACCUUCUCAUAGAGGAGGGAUCCAAGACGGAGAUAUCAUUGUUAAAGUCAAUGGGCGUCCUUUGAUGACUUCCAGUGACCUGCAAGAGGCUGUGAUGAAUGAGUCACCUCUACUACUUGAAGUUCGAAGAGGAAAUGAUGACUUGCUAUUUAACAUUGAGCCUGAAGUUGUCAUGUAAAUAGAAUUGAGGAAGCUUCCAUCAUAACUAAACUCACUUAUUCUGGAACACUAGAUACCUCCUUUACAGCUACAGUAAUUAUACUUCCUGUUGACUAAUGACAAGGUGGACUAACUUAAUUGCCUGAGCCAUUUCUGUACAUAGUAGCUAGAAUGAAUUGGAUUAUGUCAUGUAUAGAGGAUGCAACUUUCAAAAAAAAAUUUAGGAGUUGUGUUCUGGAAAGGAAGAGGAGGAAAAAAAAUUGGUAGCUGGUAGAAAUAUGAUCUGCUUCCAGUUCCUGUAGAGCUCAGAGCAGAUUCAGUUCUGCAGUUUGAAAGACCAAAAUGCUGCUGAAAGUGAGGGAACAUGCUAAGAAGGGAAAUUUUUCCUAAAUUAGUCAUGGUUGCAGCAGAACCAAGCUAUUGCAAUGCAAAAUUGAGCUUUUUGUAUAACUUUCUCAAUGUGAAACUAGUAUUAGCAGAGCUUAUAUUUGUUCUUAGUACUUGUAUGUUACAUGUCAAUGCAAGUAGAUUAAAUCUGUAAAUAUUGAAAGGAACAAAAAUGGUAUCAGGCUAUAGAGUGUUACACCUAGGUCAUGCAAUUUUGGAAUAUAGUAAAUGAUUCUUAUAGAAUUAAUGCCUUGUUAUAUAUAAAUCAAAACGAUGUGCUGAACAAAGUUAAGUUUGAGAAAGUGCACAGUUUUUUUAAAAAUUUGAUACAAAUUAGUUUUGCAUUUUACCAGUAAUCUGUGCUGUAAAAUUGUUAUACUACUUUUGGCUUGUACUGUGUAUGUUUCUACUGUAAGGAGAUAAAAGUUUACACAAAUAAAGUGUUGCUGUAAACCUCUUUUUAAACAA